AAUAUGUUGCAGCUUAAAGAGGUUCUCCGCCGCCUAGAUUUAAAGGUGUCGGGAAAUAAAGCGGAGUUAAUUAAGCGCUUGCAGGAGGAAAGUGAUGACAUGGUGACACCCGUUGUUGAAGCCGUCUUGGAAGAGGCAGCAGGUAUGGAUGCAGAGGAGGACGAUGACGGGAGCACGGGACAGCUGGAAGUACAGGUAAGGGAGCUACAUGCGGACAUGUCAGUGCAUGCAAGAAAUCCAUACAACAACGCACAUACGCCGCUACAUACGUUACAGUUGUCGCCUCCAGUAAUGCACGCAGUCGCAACAUCAGUUUCAACAAAAACGGUACCAGUACAGUACACAGUAGCAUCGUCGACCGUUACACAGCCGAAAGCAGCAGUUGUCGUCGCGCAGACGUCGACGUCGCAGCCAAGCUAUCUGCUGACUCAGCAGGGUAGUUUGUCAACGCACAUUCGUUCAACAGCACAACAAGUGGCACAUGCGCCACUGUAUAAUAUACCAGUUCACCAGAAUAUGACGCCGCAAACACAUGUAGACAGAGCAAGAGAGAGACACACUCUGCAAGAAAUCGCAGCAAUUUUGCCUGUUUAUGAUCCGUGUGACAACGAUUAUACAUCUGUACAGUUUGUACAACGAAUUGACCAAUUAAGAGAGUUGUACAAUUGGGAUGACUCUUUGCUUAUCUUCGCCGUAUUGGGUAAGCUUAAAGGUGUUGCCAAGCGAUGGGCAGAUGCACAGCCUGUUUUUAGAGAGUGGAGUGAGUUUGUAAGUAUAUUUCUAAUAGAUUUUCCAUAUGUGUAUAACGCUGCUGAUGCGCAUAUACGUUUAAUGAAUUCAAGAAUAGGUCGGGACGAAAAGGUUAUAGAGUUUUAUUAUUGAAUGCUUGCAGUGGGUCGUCGUGAACAAAUCGAUGAUGUGUCAAUAAUUCGGUAUAUAAUAAAUGGUCUCUAUGAUGAGUAUGUAAAGCGUACGUUAAGCGCAAUGAAUUUUGUAAAGUGCUCAGAUUUACUGCAAUCAUUGACGAAUUUGACAGCGAGUCAAAUGUGUAAGAGAAGAGUAGGUAGCACAGAACAAAGAGUAGUGUCGCAGAAUUCGGCACGGGUUAAAGAAUUUACAACAGACAAAACAAAAAGUGAGGUAGGUCCGAUAUGUUUUAAAUGCAAAGAGAGAGGACACAUUGCCAGAAAUUGCGUUAAGAAGCAACAUAAAAAUGGAAAAGCUCCAAAUGAUAGAGUGAAUAGUGUAGAGAGUGAGGAAGUUAACACAAGUAUAGAAGAAGAGGCAACAGUUAAUAAAAUUCAAAUUAUAGAACCACAAAAAGAAUUACGCAAGUGUAUUAAGAUUUUGGGAAAAGAAGAGAUUGAUUGCAAUGCGUUGAUUGAUUCGGGUAGUUCAAAGUCGCUUUUUAAGAGAUCAAUUGCUAAGAGAUGUAGUAAAUGCUAUACAUCAUGUGAGGAGAAGCUAAUUGGUUUUGCAGGUGGUGAAUUGAUCUGUAAAGAGAAAAUUUUAGUGAAGAUUAAAUUCGAUGAAAUGGUGUAUGAGGUAGAAUUAUUGAUUAUCGAUGACUCGAUAAUGAAAUAUGAUGCACUAAUAGGAAUUGAUAUACUAUCGAAGGGAAAGGUAGUUAUUGAAGGUGGUAAGUGCAGUAUAAUGGCUAUCGAUAGAAAAGCGGUUGAUGUAGGGAAUCAUCUACAACCGGAAACAAUGAAUAAUUUAUUUUGUUUAUUGGAAAGGUAUGGGCACUGUUUUGGGGAAAGCUUGUGUGAACUAGGAAGAUCUAAACGGUUCAAGAUGAACAUUAGACUAACGACUACAAAGCCAAUUGCAAAGAAGCCAUACAGCAUACCUAUUCCAAAACAGCAAGUGGUGGAAAAGAUAGUGAAUGAAUUAUUAGAGUUAGGUAUAAUUCAGAAAUCGAAGUCAUUAUAUGCAUCUCCUAUUGUCUUGGUGCGAAAGUAA